GACCCCGGAGCUGUUCACUCUACAAUUUCCAUGACUCUUUUAAUGCACAUUCAUUCAACGUCGUCAAUCAUCACAAUGCCGCCUCGAUUAUCACUGUUCACCGCUCGCUCGGUGCCGUUUCGGACGAAGCCAUCAAUUCCUCAAAACCGGUUCGCACCAAGCCUCGUCUCUCAGAGAAAAGCAAGUGACGAUGCCUCGACAAAGACGACACCCGUCGACCCGAAUCUGAAGAGUCCCGAGAUGGAGUCUAACAUGCACGUCUCGGAAGAGCAGGCCGCGAUGGAUGAAACCAUGGGCAAUACCCCACCAGACAUCGAGCAAGGCACGCCGGUGCAGGAGAUCCUACAACGCGACAAGGGCGCACAAGAAAAAGCACCAGAGGUGAUCAAGCAAGAUCUGAAGAACAACCAUAGUACAGGCACACCGUCAGGAACGCGGUCAUUCUCCACGAGCGCCCGACGACCCGCCGAAGUUGCAUCAGAGAUGAUACGUUUCGAAGACACGAGAGUGAUGGGGCUGGAAUAUCCCGACGCCGGCUUUGGACAUAAAUUUGCGUUGCCGGACAUUUCGUCGUGGCAGAAGUCGGACAACAUGAAGAAACGGUACGAUCCGGUCCUGCAGCAGGUCACACGCAGUCUGAUGAGACACGGGAAAUUGAGCAAGGCACAGACUAACAUGGCCAUAAUUCUCAAUACCCUGCGCACUGCACCCGUACCUGCAGGCGAUGCAACGGCCUCGGACCGUGCAUUGUUGUUGGAUGUGCCCCGGGACGCGCUCCCACUUGAACCGGUCAAGUAUUUGACGGCCGUGGUCGAUUCGGUGGCCCCACUGGUCAAGAUCCGUCAGCAAAAAGGUGUUCUGGGUGGAGGUCAGAGCAUGCCUAUCCCCGUACCUCUCAGUGUGCGUCAGCGGCGGAGGACGGCGAUCCAGUGGAUUCUCAUGGCGGCGGAGAAUCGGAGAGAGUUGGCGCUCGCGGACCGUGUGGCCAAGGAGAUUAUCAAUGUCGCUGAGGGGCGGAGUGGUGCGUGGGAGCGCAGGCAGAGGGUGCAUAAGAUGGCGAUCAGUGCGAGAGCGAACAUCAAGGCUGUUUCGUCUGUUAGAGUCAAGUCGAUUCGCGGGAAAUAGUUCACGACCCACCAUGGCAGCGGUGUUGAACUACAAUAGGGCUCGAGAGCUUGAGUGCAUGGCUGUAUGGGUGGCGGAUCAUGUGUAUAUAUUACGACACGGCAUGGCAUUCAAAAAGCAUGAAGCAUGAAAGCGUGGAUUGGGGGCAAUGUACUCUGUACAUACAGAAUGAUGAGAGUUGGCUCAAGUUGUAUGAACAAGGUUUAUAUUUCCGUAGAAAUGUCGACAUUGAUGGUCUUCUGGAAGUACCUAGGUAGUGACAUAGUCCAAGGGCAACUGGUCCCUGACGUUGCAGAA